UAUGGUCAACUUACCCCGUGUAUGGGGUAAUCCUUUUUAUUAUUAUCGUAUAUACCUGCUAAAAAGCUGUUUUGUAAAGUCAUUUUAACAUGAGAAUGCCUUAAAGUGAUUCAGAACAUUCACAGCUCCAUGAAUUGAUGCUCAUCUCCUGAAUAUUUGGUCACAUGAUCAAUUUCUUUUACCAUUUCCAAACAACAGGGGGUGGCUCAACUUACCCCACUCUCUCUUAUAGGUACUCGCUUUAUAAUUUUAAAGGGAGUCCUCACUGCAUCCUUUCUCUGGAUAGAUUUACAUGAUAGCUAAUAAAUUUAAUCAGAUAUUUUGCAGGUGAAAAUGUGUAAUUAUUUAUUUCCAUUUUUGCCAUAGUGACUUCUGCGCAUCAGCCAUGUGCAGACCACUGAGGUCCUUUGCCAUGCUGGAGUUUAUUAUGACUGCCAUCUGCUGGACUGGAACUAAACGACAUGGCGUGCAAUGAAUUGGGGGGAAAACAGAUAAUGGAAAUUAAUAUUUGACAUAGAAUAACAACAUUUGCAUCGUUAAGACAUCUCAAAAUUAUAUUCGCAAAAGCAGACUAUAUUACAUUUUACAAAUAAGUAGACAAUUAUGCCCAAAGUGUGUAUUCUAAGUGUGUAUAUUUUUGACUCCCUAUUGGUCAGUUUUCAAAUUUACCUGAAUUUAUUUAUCAUGAACACAAUGAAGUAUACAAAUUGAAACUAAAAUUGCCAACGCUUCUUGCGCAUUACUUAUUUUUGACCCUCCUGAGCCACCACAGGCAGCACAACACACGUGACCCCAGUCAUUUGACAAGGCAAAACACGGCAGUAGAUCAGAAAGACAGGCGACAGACAUGGACCAUCAUCGAGUGGACAGAGUGGGCCUGUUGUCCCCUCUGGAGGAGUCGAGCGCAGAGAUCAGCAGAGACAGCGGCAUCGUGUCCCAGAGUGCGAGCAGUCUGUCCAUGGUGAGUGAGAUCCUCAGCAGCGGGACGGUGUCGCAGAGUCCGAGCUUUGGCGCAGCAGCAGCAGCUCAUGUUCUCCCUCUGAGCCCGAGCCUCGACGAAGCAGCAGAUCCAGGGACAUCCGAGCAGCAGUUCCCGGAGCAGGACGAUGAAAUCCUCCGACACACCGCCCUCAGCUACUCCGCCUACAUCAGGGCGACAGCUGGAGAAGAGGUUAGUACACAAAGCGGAUCUCUCAGACUCCUAGUAUCGCACAUCGGAGUUACUUAUUAACCUCCCUUUGUCUCUGAACACACAACUGUAUCACUGCAGCAGAUUUAGCUUAUUAAUAUUUCAAAUUAACGAUCAGUGCAGUCAUGACUGACCAUUGACUGGAGUGGAGUGGUUGCUAAGCGACGCUGAAGUCGUGGCAUGAUUGGUUUGUCCCCACUUGGUCGAGAUCUUUGUCCCCACUGGGUCCAUUUAUUACUUAGGGAGGGUCCCUUGUCAAGUCCAGUCUAUUUUUAUCAGUCAGUUUACCACCUGUCUGAAAUGUCACUAAGAAAAUAAAGACGACUAGAUAUUCAUCAUACACUGUCAAAAGGAGUAGGGGAGAGUGGAGUAAAAUGAGCGAACCCAAAUUGCUUGGAAAUGGUAAAAGAAAUUGAUCAUGUGACUAGAUAUUUAGGAGAUGGGCAUCAAUUCAUGGAGUCUGUGAAGGUUAGAAGCACAUCAGUAAAGGGGUUAGACAUUUAUCUCCAAAAAAAACAUUGUAUUACUCUUGAAAGUGAUUUUAGUCUGUCAUAAGUUUAAUCAGAAUUGUGUUCAGACCAAAUAAGAUCAUUUUAAAAAAUUUUUAUUCAUCAAUUGUGGUAUCUAUGAGCUACAACAUGAGGUCAAAAACCUAGGAUUAAAGUCCACCAUUUUAUCUUAGAGGACUAAUAGUUCCUCGCCAGUCUGCUGGGGAGGAAUUAUCAAACACAAAGAUGCAGGAUGUCUGAACAAACUAGUGAAAAAAGGCUGGUUUUCUGUGGUUGGACUAAAGAGGAUGAGGAAGAGGAUGAUGUGGUGGAGUCUAUUCUAAAGAACAUGGAUCACCCACUUCACAACACCUUGAUGGACCAAAGGGCCAGUGGUGGUGGACGGCUCCUCUCUCUUCGCUGCAGGACAGAAAGAUUCAGAAGAUCUUUUGUACCAACAGCCAUCAGACUUUACAACUCUUCUGUAAAUAGUGGAUAACUUUUAGAUUGACAUGACAAAUGAGAUGACAGACAAUUGAAUUUCCCUUCAGGGAUCAAUAAAGUUACUCUUAUCCUUAUUCUUAAUAAAGUCAUAAUAGUAGUUCUGGGGUAAGUCAGUGGCUCAACUGAGAAAGUAAAGGAGUCUGAUGAGAGGAUCGGAGUUUCAGUUCAGAUUGUUGAAAUGUUUUACUUUUUCUUUUCAUGUUCUGAAUCACUUAAAGACAUUCUCAUGUUAAAAUGGCUUUUUACAAAACAGCUUUUUUGCAGUUAUAUGCAAAUAUAAUAAUACAAAGAAUUAUUGUACCAGUUGAAUUCUGUAUAAUAGAUAAAAGUACACAUGAAUGUGAAGAAGUGACUGUUAUUAAGGGAGAGAGAAGGUGAGGGAGGGCUGGGGUGGAGAGUGGAGGGGUAGUAGGAAUGCAGCUCAACUUACCCCGCUCCUGUGGUCAACUUACCCCAUACACGGGGUAAGUUGACCACAGGAGACCUUUUUUUUUGGCAUGCUAUAUUAUCACGACAGUUAUGUUUACACUCAUUCUGUUGGUUUGCAGGGAUGCACAACAUCCUGAAAUAUAUGCAGAUACACUUGUUAGAGACAAAACUAUGAUUGCCUUCUUGUAGUGAUCCGAAAUAUUAAAAAUGGCUCAUCUUACCCCACUCUCCCCUAUUAUGUUUUGUCUUUGCCAGCUCAUUCCAACUCACAAGCUCAGAAAUUUCAUGCACAAGUCUGUCAGGUCUAGAGUGAUCGUAUUUCUGAAGCCACAUCUUCAGCUUACAGAGGUGCUUUUAUGUAUUUGUAGAAACACCAUGUUCCUUCAGUUAACUUUCGACCAGUGAUGGUAAACUGGACAGACCCCUGAGUUGUCAUUAAGUGGAAAUGUGUGAUACCAGGAUAUUUUUGAAAAGGCUUAGCUAGCUUAUUGGCUUAACAGGCAAACAAAGGCCCCUGUGUUUGGACCCUGUGGUUCUCUCUGACACAAUUUCAUGUCGAGCAGUUUAUCGAAUUACGCCUUUGAUUGGUGUGUGACUGAAUUGAAGUGACUGAGAAAAAGUCACACAAGUCCCAGGCCUGCUGUGUUGCCAUGUGACGCAGCUUUGGUUUCUGCACAGUUAAUAUGUGUUUGUGAUGCUUAUUUACAGCCCUCUCCUGUAAUAAUGUCAUCUCUAGAUCCUGUGCUUGGAGAAGAGCUUGGAAGAAAUGCUGACGCGAGUAGAUGAGUUUGUUGGAAUGCUGGACAUGGUACGCUUAGUUACUCCAUGACUCACAGAUGAUGAAUUCACUAUUUCAAUUGUUUACUAAACUAAAAUUGUUUGUAUAUGUCACAUGUUUGCCUUUCUUUUCUUCCCUUUAGAUUCGUAAUGAUACGUCCCAGAUAGUGAAUGAAAACCUACCUCAAAUCCAACAGAAGUCAGAUGAAAUGAGACAAAUAUACAGAAGAAUUGAUAAGUUAGAGGUAAGUGAUACUUUAUUUAGGCUACUGCUGCUUGUACUGAAUAUUUUGAUGUUUUUGUAUUGCACACUUGAUCAGGUACUGGGAACUUCACAGCUACAUUGACAAUGUUGUUAGGGAUUAUUGUGACAUAAUAUGAAAUCAAUACUGUAACACAAUGUCAACAACAUUAAUAUGUAGUUUUAAUAUUGAUUGACUGUCAUUGUAUAUUCGUGUAAUACAAGAGAACUGAAGGAUAUUUAGAAAGUGGUUUGACUGUUUCCUCUUCCUCUUACAGAACUGUUUAGUAUCAUGUCACUCUUACUGUGUGACUAAGGGGGAAGUCUUUAUUGUUGUAAACUAAGGAAGCUUUUAGGGGCGUGUCAUUUUAAAGAGCUGUGUCCAUCACAAAAAGCAGUUAAGUAAUACCCUAUUCAUUGUUUAUUCUGCUUUUAUUAUUUCAGUGUGACUUAAACCCUUGUGAAACGUUUUUUUGGUAUGUUAAAAAUAUUGUUAAUGUUUUUUCAUGCAGUUUUAUUUAGCCCAGAAUCCCUCAUUGGCCUCUAUCUUGAAGAUUAUUUUCAGCUUUUGUACCCCCUUUCUAAAAAAGAUGCUUUGCCUGCAUCAACAAGCAAAUGCCUUAUGGGUGUCACAUACAGCAUAUCUGUGUGAUGUUGAAUUGUCUUAGAAGAAGGUGAAUGAAAAAUUAUCUUUUAACAGCUUUUGUUAUAUGUUCCUUUAUCUAAAGGCCUUUGUAAAGAUGGUGGGAGCCAAUGUUAACGCGAUGGAAGAGCAGGUCACACAGGCAGAGGGAGAACUGGGGACACUGCCGGGUGCUUUCAAGAAGAUCCUUCGCACAAUGACCGUACCAAGCUUCCUAAAUGUGAGAACGACUUUAUGUUUUUUUAUUUUUUGGUGUUUUUAUUUUCUGUGUGCUUACCCAUCACUUUCAAUUUGAGAUUUUUUGUUGUGUUAACAAAACGAUGAAAACAUUUCAACAGGACCAACAUUUCAACUCUGCUCAGUGCUUCACAUGCAUACAAUUUUACUAUUUGUGUUGUAUAUGAUGUAAAUACUUUUACUUAUUUUAUCUAUUUAUCUCUAUAUUUUUACUUAUUACUUACCUAUUAUUUAUCUCCUCUUUUACUGUAAUUGCACUGGAGUACUGUGACAAAAGCAAUUUCCCCUGAGGGUAUUAUUAAAGUAUUUCUGAUUCUGAUUCUGAUAACUUAAAAAAUCUACAACUUUUAUUUCUACUGCAGGCUGUCCUGUUGGGCAAUUAUGACUAAUAUUUUUGUUUACUCACAGAAACCCUCCAGCCCAAGGAGACCAGCACCACAUCAGCGCCAAGAGAUACCCAGUGUGUUCCGAACAGACGAUUAUUUCCCAUCACAACCAGAGCAGUGACACAGAAGAGCAUUUAACAUGUAACUUGGUUCUAACCUCAGAGGCUGAAACUGUACAAGGAACUUUUACUGCCAUCUACUACAAGAGGAACCAUGGGUGCACAGGCCUCAAAUAAGCAAUAGUAGCCUUUGUGAACAAGUGACCGAAAGUCAAGUGUGAGAAGACAUCUGCUUUUCGAGUGUUAUUUAGACGGCAGCAAAAAGCAAGCACUGAACCGUAGCAACAUGAUUUUAAAAGUGCCUAAAAUGGGUCUUAUUUCUGUCAUUCUUGUCUCACAGUUUGUGGCAAAAACAAUGCCAGAUGUUGGAUUUUAAGAGAAGUCGGGAUGACAGAGUCACUGGACAAUGUAAAAAAAGGUACAAUAGGAAGAGCCCUCAGAUCUUCACAAGAAUUUACCCAGCUUUUUUAUGAAUAACAUUCCUGUUAUUGGUGUUUGUAAAGACCUGCACGCUGUAUUAAAUUAAUAUGUAUUUGUAAUGUCUCAUUACUCCCCCCCAAACAAAAUGAAUCUGAUGCUGACAAGCAUUUAAUGUCUUCCAUUUCAAAAUGUUUUGUUUACUGAAAUCCUUUUGAUAAAGGUCAUGGAUAACAGCUGCCUUUGAUCACAGGGGGUUACAUCUUUGUUUGCACCUUUUUAUAGAAAGCACACUAAAGUUGAGCUAUCUUGGUUGGAGAAUGUGAUGAAGUUUGGGCAAAUGAAAGCUAUCGUUGAGUUUUGAAACCAUGAAGGUAAAAUUAUCUUAGAAAUGUGACCAGUCAAAGAAAUAUACAUCGGCAGUGGUCAGGCACAGCUAUUGUUCAUUAUUUGAUAAUUUGCCAAAUUAGUUUUUAAAGAUUUUUUUAUUUACUGGUUAUUUUCUGUCAACAUUUUUAAAUAAUCAUUAAAGAAUUAUUGAGACAA